ACAAGGUUCUGAUGGAGCUGAUCGAGCCGUAUGAGCUGCGAGCGGCAAAGCUGCGUGAGUUCCUGGAGGACGUGAAGCCCUCACUGCAUUACGACAUCGUGCCUCUGGUCGACCCCUACGGCCCCUCGGUCACAGACCCCGAUCUGCAGUGCUUGGUGGUCAGCGAGGAGACCCGCAGGGGAGGGGAGGCCGUGAACAAGAAGAGACUUGAAAACGGGCUCCCCGAGCUGUCUCUCUAUGAGAUCCUUUUGAUGAAGGACCCUGACCACAGUCAGAACGAGGAAGAGAAGAUCAGCUCCUCCAGCCUCCGGCAGAGGCUGCUGGGGACGCUGCUGCAGCCCCCACGGCAAGACCCUGCCUUGCCUUCGCGCCCGUACGUGAUCGGCCUGACUGGAGGAACCGGGAGUGGGAAAACCUCCAUUGCCAAACUCCUGGGGCACCUGGGAGCGUUCCUUAUCGACGCAGACAAGCUGGGCCACACCGUCUAUGUCCCUGGUGGCCCUGCCUACGGGCCGGUUGUGGCAGCCUUUGGGGCAGAAAUCUUGAAUGAAGAUGGGACAAUUAACAGGAAAGUCCUUGGGGCCAAAGUGUUUGGAAACCAGGAGCAGCUGAAGAGUCUCACGGACAUUGUGUGGCCUGAGAUAGCUCAGAUGGUCAAGGAGCAGAUUGGGGAGGCAGAUGCUCAAGGAAAGGCCGUGUGCGUGCUGGAUGCUGCCGUGCUGCUGGAGGCUGGCUGGCAAGACAUGGUCCAUGAAGUGUGGACGGCCAUCAUCCCGGAGGAGGAGGCUGUGAAGCGCAUCAUGGCCAGGGACGGGCUGAGCGAGGAGGCUGCUCGCAGCCGGCUGCAGAGCCAGAUGACCAACAGCCAAAGGGUGGAGCAGUCGCAGGUGGUGCUGUGCACGCUCUGGGAGCCGGACAUCACCCGCAAGCAGGUGGAGAAGGCCUGGGACCUCCUGCAGCAGCGCCUGAGCCAGGACCGCAGCCUGUGA